AGGAAAUAGUAGCCCACUAUGGAGCCGCCCUGUUUAAUGGCGAGCUAACAGCAGCAACACUCCAAGCGACUUACUCUGGGUGUUUUAAUGCCGAAACGCGUCAAUAAUGUAGUUGUAAACCCCCGCCAUUCUGACGUUGGGCUCGUUCUCGCAGCGCCGAUAAUGCCGAAGAUGAAACUACGGAUGAAAACAGGCAAGGAAGGUGGCGACGAAACGACCGAGGAAGAUGCAUUAGUGGAGCCGAAGGAACGGCAGCAUAUCCCCAGUGUGGUCUCUCCCACAUCGAUGUCCAACAGGCUGGAGCAUUCGCCCAACGAUCAUGUUUUUCCACCCCAGCUGGACAAGGAGACUAUUUUUGAAUGGUUCGGCCUUCAUCUAAACCCUGCCAAGCGAAUCGAGUUCAUGUGCGGGCUGAUGCACAUGUGUCAACCCCUGGAGCUUCGUUUUUUAGGAUCGUACUUGGAAGACCUGGCUCGGAAAGAUUAUCAUGUUUUACGAGACUUUGAGUUUCGUGCAAAUAAUCCAAACGAGCUGGGGAUUUUAACGGAUUUAAUCGACCCCGUUGUGAGGUCUAAGCUACUAGUGUGUCUUUCGCUUCUCGGAUCUGACAGCAGGGAAUGCGCUGGGAUACUCUUUCGCAUACUGAGCCAUGUAGAUCCGUCCUUAUUCUACAAAAAAUAUGACUACUCCCUUCCUUCAUUCAGGGACCCUCAGCACCAUCCGGAUGGGAAUGCUUGCAAACAAACAUGCGCCGUGUCAAACACCGAGAUCUCCCCUGGACCUUUGGACCAGUUAGCGCUACUUUUCAGUAUGGCCUCUUUACACCCAGCUUUUCAUUUUCACCAGCGAGAAACGCUUCGGGCGCAACUAGAUAAAAUUGAGCUGGCGAUUGAAGAGGAAAGACGACAGAUUCGUCGAAAUGCACAAACAACGGAAUUGCCAGGACAUAAGGUUGAUUAUCUGCCUUCUUCGUCUUUGGGAGAAUGUGCAGACUCCCAUCCUCCUUGUCAGAGCCGACGCUCCAGACGCGGGGCGAUACAAAAAGAAGCGGUGCAUAUAGAGGCAAUUGUUCUCAAGUGUAUCUCUCUGACCAGAAUAGACAAGGAAUACAACUUUGAGGUGAAGUGGUCAGACUCCUCCUCUAGUCACGUGACCAAAACUCAUCUGGAAUUGGAAAAUUUCCUUUUUAAGCUUCCUAAAGAUCAGUGCACUGACUCAUUUGAGAAGAGCCUCCUGAGACUUUUGAGCCAGGGGCACCACUAUGAGAGCAGAGAGUGCGAGAAAAGCCUCAGGGAAAAGUUCCUUGCUGCGCCUCCAAUUUUCAGACAGACCAAGAGGGUGUGCAGCUUCUUCAAUUGCGACUCCAGUUAUUCUACCAAACCAUCAAGUUGCCGUUGCAACUGUCAGCUUGGGAAAAAUUUACAAGGUGAUUGCUCUGACGCCUCAAGUCAAGAUGAAGAAUCAUACAGUCAAGGGCAUAAGAAAAAGCACGGUGCCAAGAGUGCAAGUCAAAGUCUGCCCAGUGCAAAAGGGCCUCAGGGAGACAGUUGGAGAGGACCUCAUGUCGCUGAGCUCAGUGGUUCAUCAGAAAGGAGGAAAAGAGGCUUCAAUCUGAGAAGCGUGCCGGAACCUGAACAGGAAACGGAGAAACGAAACCACCCAGGAGCCAAGGCUAAAAGCAGAGACAGAGGCACAGAAAAAGGAUCUUAUUUGAUAAAUGGUAAUCUGGCACCAACUCAUUUGCCUCAAAAUAAAGGUUUGGUAGCUGUUGCUUGCUCUGGACCGGACACAUUUGGUGAAACGUCAUCAGAGAGCUACAGUUCUCCGUCAAGUCCUCAACACAGAGGAGUAGAGAGUCUGGAUAGUGAAGAUGAUAACAAUAAAGAUACUGACAGUCACUCUGAUGACUCCUUCCAAGUAGCAGGCCCCAACAUGUUCUUUGCCCGUCAAAGUGAUCCAAGUGUCGUGGAAAACCUGAUGUCUGUCCACCCUUUGUCCCCAAACAACCAGAUAGACUUUACAGGCCCAGAGAACAACUUGCAGUUUCCCCCUCUUUCCUUCAUGCAUCCUGACGUGCUUCCAAACGGCGCCUGUGACCCUCCACUGACCGUGCCUCCGCUUCCCAGCCAAAGCGUCCUCCCGGAUGGAAAGCCUUCUUCUGGACCGCUGAUGAUGCCCAUGCCUCCGGGGGUUCCGGUUAUGCCAGGCCCCGGGGAACCGGAAAAAAGGGACAUCAUGCCAACUUUUGGUAUCCCGUCAAUGGGUUUCCAACCCGGUGUGCAGCCUCUAGUCCAGAGGUUCAAAACCGCCUUGCCGCAUAACCAAGGUGGUCACGAUGGCUCCUCGGAGAGCACUUCUACUCCCGUCGGCUCCCAGUCCGCACAGCAAGCCCCGGUGCGACCUAUCGGUGCCACGUCUUCGGGCCUCGCCAUGUACCCAUCCUCUCUGCCCUGCCAGGACGCGGCCGCGCUAAGUUCAGGUCUGACGCGGUCACUGCCUCACGGAGAGGCUUCCCACGCCAAGCAUCCCGGUUUAACCCUCGGGUCUGCUCUGCCAUCCGCAUUCACUUUGCCACCUGGAGGUGCGCCGGCAGCUAGUGGACAUGUGCAAGCAGGCGUGCCGCCGGCCGUGCCCACGCACACCCCGGGCCCCGCCCCCAGCCCAGCACUUGCUCACGGCACGGCGCUCAGUGACUGUAUAUCUUACAGCAAUGCCGGCGCUUCCUGCGGAAGUGGCUGUGACAAUCCCAUCGCGCUUCCGCAGAGUCAGCAGCAACAAGUGCCCCCCCAGCCGCCCGCACCGCAGCCGCCGCAGCAACAGCAGCAUCUGAUGGGCUGCGGGACCUGCGGCUGCCACAACAACUGCGGCAGUCGAGGCAGCGGCAACGGCGUGAGCGGCUGCCAAGCGCCGCUGUUUUUCCCCAACCACCAAAUGGCUGCAGCGGUGCGACAGGUCUUCAGCGUCCCGCCCCCUCUCUUCCAACUCACGAGCCUGUGCAUCAACAGCUACCUCACCCAGGGCCAGCCACCCCACCAGGCCAACGGGGCCGCCGCCCUGCCACCUUUCUACCCAAACGCCCCGCCCCCCGGCCACCCUUCAGCCUACGGCCCCAUCCACUCGCAUCCUCACAGCCACGCAGACGUGUCGUCUCACAUGCUGAGCACGCAAGUGGUGGCGGCGGCGGCGGCCGCCGCUGCGAGCUACAACCUCCAACAGCAGAUGACACCGGUCGCAUCGUUCCAGCGCAUUUACCGGCACGUUUAUCCCAAUCCUCUUGGGAUGCUUCAAGCUGCUUCACUCGGGGGCGGCGGAGUCAAUAAGAAGAACGGGAGCGUGUCCUGUUCCAACUGCGGUGUGAGCGGACACUACGCUCAGGACUGCAAUCAGCCCUCCAUAGACUCCGCACAGCAAGGUGGUUUCCGGUUAAAGUAUGCGGCUUCGCAUGUCGCCGAGGCACUUGACGGCGCUGACUGAAAAAGUGGAGCUGUUUCCACAGUGACCCUGGCGCUUCCGUGUGCUCAAAAAAAGCAACAACAUAACAGGAAGAAAGCGUCCACCGCUAAGGGCUCAGCGGACAAAAGCGACAAAAAGUAUUUGUGCCUAAACCUUAUUCACAUGAAAUCAUUUCGACGUCUGGGGCACAUGA